AUGGUUGUUUUUGUUGCCUAUGUUCCGAGCUCUGAAACUCUGGGAUCCGAUUUUCGACAUUGUGACGAGGAUUACAACCCGAUCAUCGGCGGCGGUGGUGAGGGUUAUCAACAACCUCCUGGGAAUUCUCAACAUAAUCAUAUUCUUAAUCUCCAUCUCGACAUCGGCGGCGAGAUAUGGCUGUCCAGGCAGGGAAACACAGAGUGCGAGCGUUUCCUGGACAAGCCUGUGAUAGCCCUAGGGGUUUUCAUCAUGCUGCUGUCACUCACAGGCCUCGUGGGCGCCUGCUGCCGGGUCACCUGGCUCCUAUGGAUAUACCUCUUCGUCAUGUUCUUCCUCAUCGUCAUCCUCUUCUGCUUCACUGUCUUUGCCUUUGUGGUCACCAACAAGGGUGCCGGUGAGGCCAUCUCCGGGAAAGGCGACAUGGAGUAUCGGCUUGAGGACUACUCCAAUUGGCUUCAGAAGAUGGUCAAUAGGAACUGGCGUAGGAUUCGGAGCUGCACCCAUGACAGUAAAGUCUGCAAGAGUUUGAUUGAUCAAAGAUCUGGAACUCCUUUUCAAAGUUUCUAUAACCAACAUCUCUCCGCCCUUCAAAUGUAAUCCAAAAGUUGGUACUCUGAAAGACAAGGACCCCGAUUUACACAGCGGGGAGUAAUAGUUUGAUGGCGUCGUCAUCUACAUCUCGGAACAACGCGCAAUUGCCUAGUUUGAAAACGUAUUUCAAGACCCCAGAGGGGAGGUACAAGCUUCAGUACGAGAAGACUUACCCUACUGGUCUUCUUCACUAUAACCAUGGCAAGACUGUUACUCAGGUUCUUCAUCAACUCUAGGCUUAGCUAAAAUUUCAUUUUUCUUGCUUCUCGGUUUUGAUUUUGAGCUUUUUAUCUCAAUUCUGUAUUCUGUUGGGUAUGUAGUAUGGCAUCAAGAUUAGAUUUUUAGGUUGACACAUCUAUCAAGAAGGAGUGCGUGCGUAUCUCGGAUGAAAAAUAAGAAAGAAAUCUGAAAUGCUAUUUUUUUUGCGUAAUAAUUGGAUAAACAAUGUUAAUGGA